AUGCUGCAACAAUAUUAUGUUUGUAGCUCGAAUGGAUCGACUCGAUCGGGGAAAAACCACGCUUUGACAAAAUACCAGCGUGAAAUAGCAAGUAAAUGCUGCUGUGUCUCCUAUGGCGGGUCUGCUCAAUUCUGGAUGCUUUUUUCUGCCCAAACUGGAAAGUUUUACAAGAAAUAUAGCAUUCCAUCUUGGUCCUCCAGGGGUGAAAACACAUCUGCAUUUUGA